UUUGGUAGCAUAAUGGGAAUACAAUCUGAGCUGGCUGCAGGAUUGUCUGUCUGGUCAGCUCGCUCGUCGAUCGUUUCCGAUUUUUGGCGGUAAAAUGACCAGUUUUCGAGUUUUAAACGUGUUGCUCCUUGUAUGUGCCUUUGGUUUAUCAGUGGUCGUUUCCAAAAAAUUUAGAUUAUGUUUAGUCGAUGGGAAAGGUGAAUACAAAAAAUCAGCCAGGUUUUGUCCCAAACUUGAUGAGGCCGAUAGCAAAGUUGAAUGUAUCAUAGCUUUAGACAGACUAGAUUGUUUAAGAAGGAUUCAUAAAGGCACAGCAGAUUUUGGGGUAUUUACGCCAGAAGAUUUAGUAGCAGCUACAAAUUCACAAAUAGAUUUAUUGGUAACAAACGAACUAAGAUAUUUUAAAGAUAAUAAAUUUGAAUAUGAGAUAGUCGCUGUUAUUUCCAAUCGGUCAAAUAUAAAAAGUAAACAUGAUCUCAGACAUAAGAAAUACUGUCAUCCGGGAUACGGCUACGAAGCUGAUUGGACUAGAAUUCUAUCAAACUAUUUUGAAGCUUCAGUUGUAACACCUCGAUGCGAUCAAUACCUUACGAUUACUGAAAACAGGAUUAAAGCAUCUUCCAUGUUCUUUGGAGCAGCUUGCAAAGCUGGGCCAUGGGUCAACAAUCCUUUAUUGGAUACGGAGAUGAAACGAAAAUACCCUAACUUAUGCCAGUUGUGCGACUCGAGCAAGUGCUCGACGCAGGACAAGUACUGGGGCAGAAGAGGCUCCUUAUUCUGUCUCACCGAUGGUGCUGGCGAAAUAAGCUGGGCUCGGCUGGACGACGUCCGACAACAUUUCGGUUUGACACCCGGUGGACAGGAAGAAAGUCCAGCGAAUUACAGCCUGCUCUGUCCCGACAACACUAUAAUGCCAUUGAAUACGUCAAAUCCUUGCGUUUGGGUGGUCAAACCAUGGCCCGUGGUUGCAAGUCAUGGAAAUCAAGCUGCCGAAGUCCAGAAGAUCAUCUCGACAUUAAAUCACGAAGAUCAUAAUUCCUGGAAGUCCAGCUUGCUGAACUUACUGGAAUUCACCUAUUUCAACGUGGCAACUUUAGACUCUAUGUUAUCAGUUGAAGAGUUCUUUCAUAAUGCAAAAGGUUUCCUCAAUGCCAAUAGUUUCUCAGGGUGCCAUCCACCCAGAACAAUUCGCAUCUGUACCACAUCGAAUAUCGAGACUACCAAAUGCUCGUGGCUUAGAGAAUCCGCUGCUGUAUAUGGAAUAGAGCCAGAUUUAGAUUGCUUGAAGGCAGAUAACAAGACGCAUUGCAUGCUGGCUAUCAACGAUAAAGUUGCCGAUAUUGUGUUUGUACCUUCGGAUUUAGUUCAUACAGCAAAAAGAGACUAUAAUUUAAAAACCAUAUUCUACGAAACAGUACAAGAUAGUGAUAAGUACAUCGUCGUUCCUGUUACAAGAAAAGACACGAACAUAAAAAGUAUAAGGGAACUAAGAGGAACAAAAGCUUGCUUCCCAGUGUAUGAUGGCGUUGCAUGGAAUACCGUGGUACAAACUCUUCAAGAAUACCAUUUAAUAGGUCCAUGUUCAGUCAAUAACGAAAUGGCCAACUUCUUUGGGCCAUCUUGCGUGCCCAACAUACCCAAAAAUGCGUCUGAACAUCUAUGGAAGUCUUGCCAGGAUGACUUCAAAGGUGACAUUGGUGCUUUGCACUGUCUUACUAGUGGAGUGGGUGAUGUGGCCUUUGUUUCAAGAAAUUCUCUAAAGGAAUUUGUUUUAACUCAAAAUGCUGAAAGUCCAAGAUUUAGAGUUACUAUCGACAAUUUUAACGUGAUUUGUCAAGAUAAGAAUAAACCUUGUCAUUUGAGUUGGGCACCACUUGGACAGGGUAUGGUACGAGCAAAUAGCUCUGAUAUGUGGCUAAAGGACACUCUAAACGUGUUCAUGCAACUUGAUGGACUGUUUGGUAAAAACUACAAAGAUGUCACCAGUUCAUUCACAAUGUUUGGAAGAUACGAUGGCGUAUCAGAUGUUCUGUUCCAUGAUGCCACAGCGAAACUACGAGAAGUUCCUACAGUAAAAAACACUGAUCAAAUGGAUCUACCAUACGAUUCCAUACUAAGUAAACAACAGAUUUGUCUCUCUUCAAGCAAUAAGCCUUUUGUCCUAAUAAGUCUUCUGAUCUUUUUACUCUCUUUAAAAUUACUCAUUUGAAUAGAUUAAUUAUAUUUAAAAUGCUUUACAGGGUGUUUCUUAAUGACAUGCUAAUAUUUAAGGAGGUGAUUCUUGGACCUAGUUUUUUUCUUAG